CUGAAGGAUCCUUCCCGUGUUGGCGAACUGUCCCGCGCGGCUUGUGGAGCUGAAGUCAAUCUGAUGCUUAUUCCUCUCAACCUUGAAAGGGCAUAGCCAAGACCGUGAUAACAAAUUUUUGGAAAUGAGCCAGUAACCCUAACCAAACCAUCAACACCAUGCUUGGUUCUAAUAUAGAUAGGAGACAUCUUACGUGUUGUACUCCUCUUCUUGUCUCCCAAAACUCCUCCUCGUUCACGAAAUAGCCCACUACCAUGAACAGGUACGAGUUUCUCAAAAAAACACCCGAACUUGUGGUGCAGCGACGCAUUGCAUUAGAUUGGUACGCGAAUCUAGCACAGAUCUCGCAACUCUCAGUUCACCUAAUCAUCCUGGUCUGCGAAUUGGUAGCUUCGGUCCAGGUCAGAGGAUUCGCAAAAAAUCAGAAAGGCGGUGCAGCUGUGCUUGCAAGAGGCCUGAAGUUUACAUUGGGCACGGAAGUGGUCAAGGGAUACGGCACGUAUGGACAAUGGACCUUUGGGAUAGCCUGGACUGCAUGGCUGGGAUUCUUGUGUAUCACCGAGACUGCGCCUGAUUACUUGCAUCUCACCAAGCGAUUCGGUCUCAUCGCAGCCUCGCAACUACCGAUCCACUACCUCCUCGCCGCCACACCUCUUCAGCUCCUGCUUAAGAGUUCCUACAGACUAAAUAUGUCAUUGCAUAAAGUCACUGGAAAUAUUAUCAUCGCCUUCUUGGCCGUCCAUAUAUCAUUCUACAGUUUCUUGUUUGUGAAAAUGGGCAUAUUUUGGCAAAGUAUUCAGCAGUCAAAUAUUAAAGUAGCUGUGAUCAGCGCUUGUAUUUUUUUUAUUCUUGGAAUCACUGCCACUCAAUUCUUCCGUCACAGACAUUACUGGUGGUUUUAUAAGUUACACGUUAUUGGAUCAGCUCUUGUGCUACCGCUGCUCUUCUUUCACGUUCAUCAUAUCAGAACAUAUCUAUUCGAGAGCGCGGCAGUUCUGAUUAUAAAUGCUGUCCUUCGCACGUUCAGCUCUCGGGGUUGACAUGGCGGAACUGGUAAGAGGAUUUGGCAUUGUUGAAUAUAUCCAUUCGAAGACCUCGUCACGAAACCUUAUGCUCCUCGGCCCGUUAGCAGACUUGUAUCUACUAAUCCUCAUCAACUAUCCUCCACCGAUCCAGUCCUCUCGCUUCUUCUACCCAGCACACAUUCUCUGCAAGGUUAUUUUGAUUAACGUGGCUUUUCAAGACCCUGCGCACUUUUGCCAAUUCUCCUCCCCAUCACUCCAACACGCUUAUUUUACACAUCGUGGUCAGACCCUACGACUAGACGGCGACGUUGAGGAUACUGGUGAACAAUAAUACUGUUGUCAGUGAUGGCAAUCUACUGAUUACAUACAAAUUAUAUGGGAUAAUUGAAUUGAAUUCCGAUUAUAAAUUGA